AGUUGCCUUUCCUCUUCCCCUUACCUUUGCUUUCGCUACCGGAACACAAUAAGGUCAACACUUCCCUUCCCUGUAGAGUUUUCUCUCCACUUUCCCUCACCUCCCAAACACCAAAGACCCUCGGAAGCACUUGUUGAUGACAGUGCGCGGGCCCAAUUCCUGCUCUUAGCGAGAAAUUUGGCCUGUGGGAAGCGCGGAUUCGAAGCUGAAACCUAGAGAAGAGAGAGGCAUUUCUUCAAUCGGGGCAGAAUCGGACAAUGUCGGGCCCGCCGAGAUUCCGGUCGCUGAACAUCGCCGAGCCGGAGAACAAGGCCCCGAAAACCCCGGCGAGGAAGCAGCCCCGGAAGCAAGAGCUGGAGGCCAAUAAGGAGAGGAAAUCAGGGAAAGUGGCGGCGGUUCUGCGGCAGAAAUCGAUGAACGCGUCCUGCUCCUCGGAAGCGUCUUCGGACUCCACGAGCAGCAGCAGCCUGGCGUCGUCGUCUUCGUCGUCGACGGUGUGGUCUGCCUCGGGUGGAAUGCGCCGGAGCGGUGGCGCUGUUAAGAGGCGGCAAUGUGGAGUCAAAAUUGACAAGGAGGAAGGAAAAAGUGGCGGCGGUGGUGGAAUUGCGGCAGCGGAGGCGACUGACGACGGUGGGUUAGUGAGUAAAGUGGAUUGCUUUGAUCAGAGCAAGAAGAGGUGCCCUUGGGUUACUCCUACUACUGAACCAUGCUACACAGCAUUUCAUGAUGAAGAAUGGGGAGUGCCAGUCCAUGAUGACAGGAAACUCUUCGAACUACUAUCUUUGUCUGGUGCCUUGGCAGAACUAUCAUGGCCUGCCAUCCUCAAUAAACGGGAGGCAUUCAGAGAAGUGUUUCUAGGUUUUGACCCACAUGCUGUGUCGAAACUGAAUGAGAGGAAGGUCAUCAUGGCAGGAAGCCCUGCCAGCUCCCUACUACCAGAACAGAAGCUGCGAUCGAUCCUUGAAAAUGCACGCCAAAUUUGCAAGGUUUGUACUUCGUAGAAUUACGCCACAGGAAGUAGUAAAGGGAAAAUGUGAUGCAUUCUAGAACUCUCAAUUUGGGUUGUCAAAUUCAUGGCAGGUUGUAGAAGAGUUUGGGUCAUUCGACAAGUACAUGUGGAAUUUUGUGAACCAGAAGGCCAUAGUUAACCAGUUCCGGUACACCCGCCAGGUUCCAGUGAAGAAUUCCAAAGCAGAGGCGAUAAGCAAAGAUCUUGUGAAAAGGGGAUUCCGUAGCGUGGGGCCAACAGUUAUAUACUCGUUCAUGCAAGUAGCCGGCCUGACGAACGACCAUCUCGUCAGUUGCUUCCGGUACCAUGAAUGCAUAACAGGAGCAGAAUUGAAAGGAACAACUGCAGAAGGCUGUGAAGUCCAAGGCGGGAAAGAAAGAAGUUAAGAUGAGUCAUUCAAUGGAUUUGUGGAUAGAGAGAGAGUACUGGUGAAGUGAGAGAUAAAUGGUUGUGGGAUUCCCUGUCGUGGUUUGUUUACCAGCUACUACUACUGCAGAAUUGAACGUGGGGUAAAUGCUUUGCAUCUGGGAAUGGAGCUUGUGUAAAAGUACUUGGAAUAAAGGUGUCAAGGCAGCUCUGUACUGUAUAUAUGUUGGUUCAUUCAUUGUAAUGUAUGCAAGAUAAGUUGUCUGUUCAUCAUCCAACAUGAUUCUGGGUUUGUUUUUGGAUUAAUGCUCAUUUGGCCCAUCGACUUGGAUACUUUUCUCAAC